CAGGACUGUUGAGCCCGUGGAGCCCUUCGUGAUGUGCGACCUACUGGUAGCUACGUGGUAUCAUCUAAAGGUGGUAGCUGAGGGUGACGCUGGGGUGACAACUGCGAAUUAUUAUUUCUCUACGCUAACUGAAAAUGGAGAGCGUAUCCCAGCGCCUGCGCAAUUUCCGCCGGGCGGGGCGGCGGGCGCGGGCGAGAGGGCAGCCGCUGCACUGGUGGCCGCUGUGGGAGCCCUAGCACUUGCCUUGCUCCUGCUCGCUGCUAUUGUCUACAAGAAGAAUGCGGCCGCAGCAUGUUUACGAAAGGGCUACGAGCAAGGCGAGGUAUCUGAAGAGGAGGACAAAUGCCCGGAGAAGCGUGACAAUCACCGCAACUGCCAGCAGGUGUACACGUCAUCGCCCAUCAAACGGAAUCUCAACGCUAAAGACCAAGGAGGCGAAUGUGCAGAGCUGUACGAGAUCAGUCCAUACGCGACGUUCAGUAUGUCGGGUGGAGCGACGGGCGCAGGCGCGGGCGCGGCGGCUGGCGCGGGUGUGGGUCCGGGCGGGGGUGCAGCGGCGAGUUGCGCGGGGGGCACGCUGCGCACGUUCGGCCGCGCCGAGCCCGCGCCGCUGCACGCCGCGCCGCCCAGGAGACCGCCGCUUGAUGCUGAGGAGUACACGUUGUCCCGGGCCAUGACAUUGAUGGUACGCCGCUCGGAGUCAGACUCGGAGUCGAGCGGCUCGCCGUGCGCCGAGUGCAACUCCAGCGUCUCCUACAGGAUGCCUGUCAAUAAAGUGGAGGAGAGCAGCCGCGGCACGGUGUCGGUGUCGUCGGGCGCGAGCGCGGCGUCGGGCUGCGCGGCGGGGUGCGCGCCGGGCGAGGACUGCGGGCGCGGCGCGCGGCACGACAAGCGCCGCCGCCCGCGCCGACACGCGCCCUCGCAUAAUAGGCAUCAACAACGUCACGAACAAGAGAGAAGAGAUUUUACUAUACACGUUUAAAUAAAACGAAGACAAUAAAGACUGCUGCGAGCGAAAUAAUUUAUUAUUAAAGUUGUUAUUUAGAUAAAUUAACUUUACUUGAAGUUCACAUUGAUACUCCCUUUGUGUGCCAAAUACUCAUAAUUAUUGGUAAGCGACAUUAUUAUAGUAAAUAAUAUGUGUAUUUUAUUUUCCUCUGCCUAAGUAUUACUUAUCUAUUUUUAGGUUACAAGAAAUUAGGCCUUUUUAAAAUUAUAUUAACCACUAAAGUACAAACAUUACAAUAAGUUCUAUUUUCAAAAUAUUUUAUGCAAAUUAUAUUAUUCAUUUUAUAUGUAAGCAGGCAAGACAUGUUUAGUUCUAAAUUUAAAUUCGUUAACCGAACAUUUUCCAGUAACCGUUUAUAAAUUUACAUUUUACUUGCUAACCACUUCAAAUUAUUAAUCUGCAGAGGGUACGCAGAUUUUUUUUUAUAUUCGUCCAUUCACUUCUAUGUUUAAAACAUGCUCGAUGAAAAAGCAUUGUAUCCAUUUUUUUUCUUCGUCCUUAGAGGACAGGCUAGUCUUACAGUACUCUUACGACCAUACUGCCUAGUCUUACGUAUAGCAUUGUAUCAAGUACUUAUCAAUCUUACGUUAAGAAAUUUUAACGUUUUGUUUUAUUUUUAAAUUUUUGUAGCUUGUGAAAACAUAAUAUUCUUAUAAUGUCUAUUAUCUUUAUAAGUGUUAUAAACAUAUAAACAUUGCUUUUUAUUGGUGUUAACCGAUAAUAUUUAAAACGUGUUUCCGAUGAGUUGAACUACUUAGUAUUUUUAUUUAUAAUUUGUACCUAAGAGUCAGCAUUUAUUCGUCGUUUCCUUAUAUUACUAAAAAUACUACAUUAUAGACAUCUAAUGUCCCGAAGUGAUGCAUGCAGUCUGGUGCCAAAGUAAUUAGUCAGUAGUCUAACAAAAUUGGUGUUAACGAGUAAUCUAUUUUUCUUUACAAAUUUUUUCAAAUUUAUUUGGAAACCAUUAAGUAGAGUUUUUGUUAGUGCAAAUAUUUAAGUUAUUUUGUGUUAAGUAAGUGUUCGUUUGGUAUCAACGUGAACUAGGUAAAUGUAAAGAUUUUAAGCUAUAAAUGUGUAAAUAUUUUAGAUGAAUUUUGUACCGAUUUAGAUUCGAUAUUGUCACGGCCUAUUCGGAGAGAAAUGCCAAAUUACAAAAAACACAAAAUUACAUAGAAAUAGUUUCUUUUAUAACAAUUUAUAUUUUAUUCAAAGUUUUCAAAUGAAUCCAUUAUCCAAUAGCUUACAGUAGGUUACCUUUGAACCAUAUCUAAUUAUUGUAAAAAGUAACAUUUAUUAAUAAUGUGUUAAUAAUGUAAGUACAAGGAGUUCGGGCGGUAAAUAAACUAAUUUUACUAAACUUAAUUUGCCUGUUAAUAAAUGGCGCUGUUUACGAAAUUAAAUAAUUGCAUUUUUCUGAAAUCAAUUUUAUUAAGUAUUUAGUAUUUUUCUACAUUUUGAGGCCGUAACGAGUACUUGUAUUAAAAAUCUGAAACAAAUUCGCAUAGAAAUCAGUGUGUUGGGUAUUUAAGAACUAAUCACUAACGUUUUUGAUUUAAUAUUUCCUACCCUCAUUUCGGCCAAGAGAGCCUUAUUGUACAUUUUCGGGAAAUUAAGAGCUAUUUGAUAUGACUACAAUAAGAGCUCGCCAUGUUUAUUUUUAUAUUUCACAGUAAACAUUUAAGGUACGCUCAUGAACGUGUUCUAAUGAUAUUAUUAAUAGUAAACAGUAUUUAGUAAGUUUAUUUUGUAAACGCGCCAUUGCUCUCUAGAGUAACAGCCACUGCCGGUGUACCUCCAUUUUCUAUGUAAAUAAACGAGCGACAAACUAAAUUAAAUUGAUUCUUGA